CCUUGCUGACUCAGAGUGACAAAAGGAUCGGCGGACUACUUUGCGUGGAAGUAGUUCCGGAAUCCCCGACCGGCGCCAUUUCACAGUUAGACGAAGGGAGGCCGGAGCAGGACCAGGUAUCACCGACCUUCGUGACUGACAUGGCGACAUCUGUGGGCAACGUGGCUGAUAGCACAGGUAGGAGAUCCCACUGCUUUCACAGGAAGCCGGGGGCCGAGGAUGGACAGGCUCGGGCGGCCUCCAUGGGGGUCACACAUCCCCCCCAACACCACCACCGUGCAGCCCCCCCAACCCCCACCCAACACCACCACCGUGCAGCCCCCCAACCCCCACCCAACACCACCACCACCGUGAAACCUCCCCCACCACCGUGCAGCCCCCAGCCCCCACCGUGCAGCCUGCAGCCCACCUCCCCACCACCGUGCAGCCCCCAACAACCCCCACCCUGCAGCCCCCCCACCCCACCAUGCACCCCCAUCCCCACCACCGUGCAGCCCCCAACCCCACCCAACACCACCACCACCGUGAAACCCCCCACCACCGUGCAGCCCCAACAACCCCCACCGUGCAGCCCUGCAGCCCCCAACCCCACCAUGCAGCCCCCAUCCCCACCACCGUGCAGCCCCAACCCCCACCCCACACCACCACCACCCGUGAGACCUCCCCCACCACCGUGCAGCCCUGCAGCCCCAACAACACCAUGCAGCCCCCAUCCCCCACCACCGUGCAGCCCCAACCCCCACCGUGCAGCCCUGCAGCCCCAACCCACCAUGCAGCCCCCAUCCCCACCACCGUGCAGCCCCCAACCUCCCCACUGUGCAGCCCCAACAAUCCCCACCGUGCAGCCCCCCCCCACCCCCAGGGUCCUUUUUAUUACAGAGAUACAAGCUCCACCAUGUUUUGCUGCACACAACACUGCCUCGUGGGCAGCAGAGGCAUUACCAGCUCACUGUAUGCAGCAUUCAUAUGCUGCAGGUCAUGGCUACCAGCAUAGCUCGAGUUAAUGGUUACUAAACACAAAAUGUAGUAGUUAUGGUCCCUCUUUGUUCUCCUUCCUGCCUGGACCAUAGACAUUGUAUGGCAGCACCUUCCCUGUGUUGAUAUGAUUAUUUAUAAAGAUUUCUGUCUGUCUGUGCCUGGGGUAUCUGUCCAUUAGGCCAGGUGUGAGGAUGUCCCUGCUGUUACACAGGUUUGUAUGUGAAAUGGUCAUUGUCCAUCAUGUAGGCCUGGAAUGUACUGUCAUGGACAUGUUAUUGUGGCCAUGAGAAGAUGGAGGUUACCAUGUGGCUAGUGUGGCCAGUUGCACAAUGGCUUCCUGGACCCCUAUCAACCCUACAUCCUGAGGGUCCAAAACCAUCCAUGUCUUAACAGAAAGAAGAUUGCCUGUGUUUUAAUUUAUAAUACAAACCAUUUCCUUCCUCACCAUAUGAGUGUCUGUCUGUAUGCUGCUAGCCAGCAUUUGUCAUGGGCUCCCCACCAGCCCAGGAAAAUGGUGGAUCUGACCGAGCUACAUGGGCUACUUGUGAAAGAGUCAGUUGAGGUUUGGGACAUCAUCAUGGGGAGUCCUCUGCAAUAGUCUCUAUCGCAUUCCAAUUGUUUCAGUUAUCUGUAGUGGUGGGUUUGCUCUGACAGUAAGUAUGCAGGGUUUUAUAAUGCGUGUUCUUUCCAUGGACAGAAGCCAGGGGUAGGCAACUUGGUCCAGAUGAUGUGGACUAGAUUUCCCCUGAUGCUUUGCCAGCAUUAUGGCUGUAAGAGCAUUCUGGGAGAUGUAGUACACAACAUCCGGAGUGCCGAAGGUUGUUUACACCUGCCCUAGGCUUUAGCUGAGAUUACCUGGUGGUUAUUUCCCUGUAGAUAAUGGCAGCCUAAGUCCGCUGGAGAGCCAAAGGUUAGCUAUUUCUGAUACUCUUCAAUAACCACAAGGCGUUGUCUUACGUCAGUGCUUUUUGAGCCAUUGUGUAGCUUUACUGAUAUAUUAUCUUUGUUGACAAAAUGGAUACUGUGUGCUUCAGUACUCAUGAGUUUUGAAAGAUGGUCUAUUGAAUUAAACUCUAACAUUGUAUCAUAAAUGUAUCUGCCAUAAAGUAAGACAAUGUUACCAGUAAUCAAGAAACCUGCAUGAUUACAUAUAUUAUUUUAUCCCUGGGAAGCAGCAAACCAUUCAAUGUAUUGAAAGACAUAUGUUGGGCCCUAGCCAUCACAACAUGUAUUGUGUGAUAGAUGUUCACAGAAACUCCCAACAAUUUUGCAUGCUGUGGGGUUGUUGGAUAGAUUGUCUUUUAACAUCCUUAUUGUUCUACAGAGCCUUAAAUGUACAUUUGUUGAUCGGUGUACCAUCCAUUUUUAAUGCAAUAUUGUUAGCAGUUCAGGACUUGAAACUAUGAAGUGUGUGUAAUAGUCCUUGCACACAAGCUGAAUAUCUUUUUAUCGCCAGGUGCUUGGCCAAGGCCGUAGAUACCAAAUAACAAAAAUCGAUGGCUGCACUCAUGGUCUUCAAAGUAAAAAUACCAAGCUUUAUUUAGUAAUCAGUGGAUUGUUUUUACAAAUGUUGAAAUAAAGCUUGGAAUUUUUACUUUGAAGACCGUGAGUUCAGCCAUCUAUUUUUGCUGUGUGUAUAUGUGUGUGUGUGUGUGUAUAUGUGUGUGUGUGUGUGUGUAUAUAUAUAUGUGUAUGUAUAUGUGUGUAUAUAUAUAUAUAUAUAUAUAUUACAUAUAGUUAAUACAAUGCUAAACAAAAAUCUGCACACCAGUCAAGCCAUAAGACUUGCUUUUCCCACAGAAAUCCCCAAUCAGCAGUGAUGUUACAACCGCAAAGGAUUCUGGGUGGGCAUAUGCAAAUUAGUUUAACAAAGAAUCACAUUUUUGCCUCAUUCCAUUUUAAACAUGGAUUCCUUUUAAUUUGUGUUUGCAGUAUACAACUGCUUGGAACACAAUUUAGGAUAAGAUGCAAAACCAGUGAACCAAUCAUGGACAGCUGUUUCGUUGUUAAUGCAACUCUUCAGCAUGAGGUUGGUUACUGGUUUGCUUAGCGAGGCUUGGUAGUGCUUGGGAAGCAAAAUCCAAAUAGGUUACUGAGCAUAACUACAUCAUGUGAGGAAAUUGAGGUCCGGGUGACAUGUUGACUAGGAUGGAGUUUAACAAUAUUUGCUUUUCUUUUUGCAUGCAGACAUUUGUCUUUAGGCUAUUUGGCUUAUUGAAACCACAUACUUCAGGUGGAAGGGGUUUUCAAUCACAAUUUUCCCCCACCAUAACCUAUUUGGAUUUUGAUAUAUAUAUAUAUAUAUAUAUAUAGAUAUAUGUAUGUAUGUAUGUAUGUGCCAGGCUUAUGAGAUGUAUGAUCAUAUAUUGUAAUUAAACCCGCAUUAUUUUUGCCUAGAUUUGAUGUUUUCUAAAGAGAAAAAACUAUUAAAACCUAUAAGCUUUUAAGUUGCAAUUUAGUGGAUGGGGGAGUGCGCUGGAUCUUGUAUGUUGUAUGAAUUGGCCCCAGCCGCACCCAUUUAUGCAUGUUGGUUCAUACACUGUUGUACGCUUGUGCAUGCGCGAGGAUACAGCACUGACCUGACUCCUAGCAGGUGAAGUGACCGGAACUGGGCACAGUCUCCCAGAAACAAGAUGGCCGUGGCCGCAAGGGGUACUGUCUGGUAGGUAUAAAUACCUUCCACAACACCCAUUGGUCACCACACUGUAAAGCGUAUAGGUCAGUUACAGGACUUUUCACAAAACCUGAAAAGACCUCCAAAAGUGACAGAUCUAAAUAUUUAAGCUUUGGGAAUAGAACAUAUGCUCUUCCCAAGACACCCUUGGUCUGGUUCUGGCCAUGUAUAGGCUCUAUGAGAUGUGUAGUUGUGACAGAUGGGUAGUGCUGAAUGUCUCAUUGAUCUUCAACUGCGCAAUACAGCUGGCCUGUAGAAAAUGGAUCUGAUGAACGAUGGCAGACAGUUGCAUAUCUAAUAUAACUGCAAUGUUGUAGAGCCUGAUAGCUAUUUUCCCCGUAUCAUCCGUCACACACAUUUCAGAUCUGAACAUAAAUGUUCAUGCGUAGUAAAGACAUCCUAAGUAAUUUUUAUCAAGGUAAUGAAUUGGCUAUGUCUUUGCUAGGUGUAGUAGUUGCAAAGCAAAUUUUUGUGUUCUAUUUUCGGCAAUCCGUUUAAUUUAAAAUCAACACUUCUUAAUGCUCCCUUCAUUUUUUUUUUUUUUGUGUAUGCACUCAAUUAAAAAAACAGAAAUCAGUAUAUUGAUUAAAUAAAACCGAGCUAAUAUCAGAAGCCUAUAUAUUUUUUACUAUAUGCCAAUAGGUACUACUAGAAAAAUGCACAUAUCGUCAUUUUUAAUGGGAGAGUGACUUGGUAUGUGAAACUGAGCAUAACUACAUCAUGUGAGGAAAUUGAGGUCCGGGUGACCUGUUGACUAGGAUGGAGUUUAACAAUAUUUGCUUUUCUUUUUGCAUGCAGACAUUUGUCUUUAGGCUAUUUGGCUUAUUGAAAUCACAGUUAUACAUAUUUGAUUGUCCCGUGCUUUUCUGUAUUCUCAUUAAAUAAUUAUACCUAUUAUACACUAGGUGGACACACUUUACACUACUGCUCUCCUGGUAUAAUUAGCACUUUUUUUAUUUAUUUUUUUUAUUUCCAUUGGUGGUCUGUAUUAUUAUAAAAACAAAAAAUAGAAAACGAAUCAAUGGGACAAAUUGUAAGAUCUUGACAACAAAGGUUAGGCAAGGCACCCUGUACUGUGACAGUACUAAUAUGUUGAAAUAUUCUAGUCAUGAUUUGUCAUAAAGAGGUUAUUACGCAACGGUCCUUCUAGUUGGACUAUAGCUGUUGACUAGUGAUGUGCCGAACGGUUCGCUGCGGACUCCAGUCAGCAGACACAUUCCAGCCAAUCAGCAGCAGACCAUCCCUCCCACCUCCUGGACAGCAUCCAUUUUGAAGCUGCAUUCUUAGUGAGCUGUCCAGGAGGUGACAGGGUCUGGGAGGGAGGGUCUGCUGCUGAUUGGCUGGAAUGUGUCUGCUGACUGGAGUCCGUGGCGAACCGUUCGGGACAUCACUACUGUUGACUCGCAGAAAAAUCUGGAAAGUGUCCUUUUCUAAAUGUGCAACUUUCAAAAUAUUGGAUAUUUGACGAAUAUUACCCUCGAAGGAAACAAAAAUGCAAGAGAGAGCUGUAUGCAUCCAAAAGACACCAUAAGUGCCAUAAACAGUACAGCGUGCUGUAAUGGUGUCAGGAGUUCCCUGGUGCUGUCCAGCCAUGAACUAGUUAGCUGUUUGACACUAACAUGUCUCUGCCAGGUGCCCAUGCUGCUUUUAGUUUGAACCAGAAUGUGUAAAGCAGAAGUUAUCACACCAGCUCAUUCCAAUGAACUUCCACUUUACCAUACCAUCUCAGACGAUGAGCAGUGCUGGCGCUUUUAGCAGUGACAGGUAAGUUUUUUUUUAAAAAAAAUUCUUCUUAAAUGGUUUGACCGAUAAUUGUUGGACAGCACCAGGAGUCUCCUGGGAACAUAAUAGCUGCAGCACAUUUUAUAGUGUCCCUUUAAUUGGUUUUGAUGUAGAUAGUAGAACCCUUGGCAACUAAGUAGUUUUUACAUGUUGCUAACAAUGUAAAUGUUGUGCAUAUACCAUGCAGACUGUUGUAUAACAGGGUUGCCUAGCUAGCUAAAUCAUUUCUUAAAUGAUUUUUUUUUAAAUUUUUUUUUUUUAAUAAAUAUCCUUUAUUCUGGCACAGCAGCCAUAUUGAGUUCAAUUCUACUGUUUUCUGGCCAACUGCUGCUCAGCGCAACUUGCCUGCUGAUGCAGGUUCAUACAGAGCAAUCACAGCAGGCGAUUUUAGUUGAGUAGCUUUCGAUUAGUUAGUCAUUAAAUUUCACUUAAUGUAGUAAAUGUUUAAAGGGACACUCCACUGCUCAAAUACAAAAUAAAUACAAAUCACUGUUUAGUAGAUAUGCCCCAAAUGAAAAUUUGCAUGCAUUUAAUUAUGUAAUUUUUCUUUUCUUUAGGGAUAUAUCUAAAAUUAGCUUGCAAAUCCUGUAGCUCUCUUGUCUGCUGCCUUUGCAAGCUCUGCCCUUCUAACCCCACCCAGACUUUGUGGCUGUCCUAUCAGACUUCCCAAUGCAGCUCAAUGAGAACACUUUAUAAGUAAAGUGCUCUGGGCAAUUUCUGCCUUUUGAGGUCAGCUGCAUUGAGCUAACAACCCAGGAAGCAACAUUAUCAAUUGACUGCUUAAAAGCCAUGGGGGUGUCAAUUUCUAUUGAAACCUGCGCUUUUUGCAAAAUGAAGAUGCCACUCUUCACACACACUGCUUUUCAGUUGUUUAGGAGUCUAGAGAGACCCUUUAAAAACAAGAAGUGAAACAUUAAAUGACCACUAUAGGCACCCAGACCACUUCAGCUCAAUGAAGUGGUCUGGGUGCCAGGUCCCUCUAGUUUUAACCCUGCAGCUGAAAACAUAGCAGUUUUAGAGGGAGGCCCUGAAGGGGUUGUAACUCCUUCAGCCCAGCAGGAGGAGGGCCCUGGGGGUGGGGGAGGACCAAAUGACCCAAUAGUGCCAGGAAAACGCGUUUGUUUUCCUGGCACCAUAGUGCUCCUUUAAGGACAGCUGUCCUUCAUGAAGUGAUCAAUUUCUGGAUGCCACCUAAAUCUAAUAUAAUAGUAUUUUCCACGGCGCUCCUUUAACACUCAGAUCCCUUUUGAGAAUGUUUUGUUCAGUUUGAUGAACAGGAGAACGUUUGUAUCACAAUAGAAAAUUUACUGUUUUGGGGCUUCUAAAUUGUUUCUUUGAUCAGAAUUGUGCAUGAUCCAUAAUUCAUUUAAAGUAACACUGUUUCUUUAGGAUUUUUACAUAUGUUGUUCCCUUGAUGACAUGUCUCCUUGUAUUGCAACUGCCAGAGGAAGAUAUACUUGCCUGAAGCUCUCCCUUGUGGUUGCUUCAUUGUCUUGGAUCCCCAGUAACUGUUGUACUCUUACACGGGUGGAAAUACAAAACCGAGAUCUCUGGAAAAUCCAGCACGAUGCCUUUUCCCCAUAGCCCUUGCUAAUGGUGGCUGCUGGAAAUGACAAGAUUGCCAACCUCUGCAUACUCCUAAGACAAAGCAGGAACUGCUUCAAUGAAAUUGCAACAUAGUGCAUAUAGUGUUACAUAAAUAUUCUAUCUUAAUUAAAGGGACACUCGGUGUCUCUUUAAUAAAGAAAAGGGAUGACAGCAUGUUCAUGGUGGCAGUGACAAAUUCAGGUAAGUAAAAAUCAUCUUAACCUGCGGUCACCAGACACCCAGAGGAGCAGUAACAGUCUGGGGUUUUAUGCAAAGACCCCCAGACGAUGCCAUCAUCUCUUUAAAGCAGCUCUGUCACUUAUAAGUAUUUAAAGAGACCCUAUAGUCACCAUAACAAUUAUCGUUCUGGUGAGUAUAGUCAGCCCCUCCAGGUCUUUUAACGGAAAAGACAGUGUUUACAUUACAACCCCGGGACACCUCUAGUGGCCAUUCAUCAGACGGAGGCAUGGAGAAUCUGAACUUUCCCCAUAGAGAUGCCUUGGGUCAGGAAUGCAUGUGUUCCUUUAAUGUUAAAGUCAGCCAUCCAAUAAAUAUAUUUCUAUUUUAAUUCCUCUUUUUACACUCUUGGUCUCUCUUUAAAUAGUCACCGUAUUUUAAUCCUCUAGUUUGCACAGAAUGUGUUUGAGAUCUAGAAAAUCAAUUUGCUGGUUUUUACUGGGCAGGCAUGUUUACUGGUAAGUUUAGUUGAUGUAGUCAUAUUGUUGUUGGGUUUUUUUUUUUUUUUUAACUGUAGUGUAUACUUGACCAGAGAUGAGCAACUCAUAAUUUAAAAUAUCCCUGCAUUUGCUGCAAAUUGCCACUGUAUGAAUUCUUCAAUGAGCUCUUGUUAAACAAAGUCACAUCCUAGCAUAUUGUCCCAAUAAAAUCUAUUCAAAAUAUCAAUUAACAGUGGAAAUCGUGUUUUCUUGCAAUUAUAAGAAGGGAGUUAAAUAUGAGGUGUAUGCUGUGCAAAUUGAAAUAGUUUUCAGUGCAAAACACCAAAAUCCAUUACAGUUGCUAAAAUAACUUGCUGGGUAUCCUAUGAUAUGUAGAAUACAUUCAGUAUCUGCACUGCCCAGGUUAGCAGUCACUGAUAUGUCAUGUUGCCACUAGAUUAUGACUUUCUUUCUUAGUUUCCAGGAUAACAUUCUGUUGAAGUAAAUAUCUUCUCUUUGGUAGCUGUUAAUAAUCGGCUGCUAAGUAGAACAUUUACAAACAGCAACACAUUGGUAAUGUCUGGUUGGUUUUUGUGGUUUUUUAUUUUUUAUUUUAUUUUUUCUUAAAAUUUUAUUUUAUAUAUUCUCCCCCCCCCUUUGUAUAUUAUUGAUUUCUACUUUUGGUCAUAUUUCAUUUCAUACUCUUUAGUUUUGCAUCAUUAUGUGUUUGCUUAAUUGCAUUUUGAUUCAUUUUAUUUAUUUUUUGGGGGUUUUCUUUUUCUUUAAGUUUUUCUGUCUAACUUUUGCCUCCCCCUGAAUGUUUUGAUAAUUCUCUAGAACCAACGAAACGUAUGCUUUCCUUCCAAGGGCUGGCAGAGUUGGCUCAUCGCGAGUAUCAGGCAGGAGACUUUGAGGCAGCUGAGAGGCAUUGCAUGCAGUUAUGGAGACAAGAGCCUGAUAAUACUGGCGUUCUGCUGCUUCUCUCAUCUAUUCACUUCCAAUGUCGCAGACUGGACAGGUAACUAAAUGCUCUAGUCAUUUCUUAUUAAAAUGUAUCUGUUUAACAGUUUUUAAAUAGUGCUCUUUUCCGGAUCGCUAUACAAUUUACGGAGAAAGAACAUUGGUAGUUAUAGAAACUGGAAAUAGACAUUGUAACUCAGUAAAAUAAAAACACAUCAUCAACUAAGUCCUCAGUGAAUACUUUUCUAGCAGUCUAGUUUUCUACCCCUUCCCUUACCACUUUUUUUUUUUUUUUUGUAAAUCUUUUUAUUAAGAUAUUUUCAAAAUGUAGAAAGCAGUUAGUUGGUAAACAGUGUGAAACUCACAGGUUUCUGUAGUUUAUAGGCACACAUUAUACAAUAUAAUGAGGUAUGCGGAUCUCCGCGCAACAUUCCCUAGCAGGUCCCCGAGCAAGGUGAAUAUGCUGUUCACACUUUGAAAGCAGUGUAGGUAUACGAUGGGGGGGAAACGGUAGUAUCAUACAGAAUAGAACGUCUGGAGCAGUCGGAUUACCUCACUUAACCAGAGUGUGCGUAAAGGGCAAACAGAAGUUGUGUCGGGACAGGUUGUUCUCAAAUGUCUAUGGCGGGAGCCACAUGACAAUGCGUUACCUGGUCGUUUGGGCAGGGAAUUGAAGCAAUUAUAGGAAAGGCGGGUCACUGGCUCCCGCUGGGUUCGGACCCGUAGUUCCGUUGUGGUGUCGCUAGGUAUAUCCUAGCACGCAGAAGUGGUGGGAGUAGUCUUAGUUCGUAGCUAGCAUAGGCUAUGGCCAGCGUCGUUACCAAUCCCGGCAGAGCCUGCAGUUCGCCAAUAUCCCGUAUUGCGAGUUACAUGUCGUUGUCAGUGACAAUGCAAUUGUCAGUGUUCCCUUACCUUCUGUGUCUCUAUUCCCCACUACCUCUAGCAUGUAAGCUCAUUGGGCAGGGCCCUCAACCCCUCUGUUCCGGUGAGUCCUACUAGUCUGGUUACAAUUAUGUGUCUGUUGGUCUACACGUUGUACAGCGCUGCGGAAUUUGUUGGUGCUUUUUGACACUACACAAAAGUAGAAGAAAACACUUACAAUCUAGAGCUAAAUUGUACAUUGAGACAAAAGGAAUACUUUUUUAGCAAUCAGUAUACUGUGUAUAGUAAGUUUGAGGAAGAUAGUCCAGAAGCAAUGUUCCGCAGUUACUAUGCAUUGAAGGUGGAGAAAAACCUACAUGUUACUUUAUUACUUUUUAGUCACAUAAACAAUCUUUUCACAACAUACAAAAUCCAGCGCAUUCACUCAGUCACCUAACCUAGGCAAAAAUAACAGGGUUUUAUUUACAGUAGAGAAAAAUCAUUUUACAGAGAAAAAAAACUAUUCUAUUACUCUCCUCAUUAGAGAAAAAAAUCUGCAUCAGUAUUGUAGUGAGAAAAAUUCUCUAAAGCCUGAUCACCAUCAGUAUAUAAUUCUACUGCUUUUAUAAUGAGUUGAUUUUGCAUUCUAAAAUGUUAUCUUUUUGGAAGUAUAAAACUUUUAUUAAGGGGACAUGUAGUACCCAAACCACUUCAUCUUAUUAAAGUAGCCUUGGUGCAGUGCCCCUCGGAGUUAGCUCUCGCAAUGUAAAACAUUUGUUUAAUUGCGGGGCUAAACUCAUCUCUAGUGGCCAUUAGACAGCCACUAGAUGGUUCUCCCUUAUUGAGAACCAAGUCACACUCAGUUCUUGAUGAUCAACGCUCUUACACAUUGCAAAACAGGUGGUUGCCUGGACGCUGGAAAAAAAGUAAGCAGUAAGGUUAUUUAGUUUACAUAUUCCUGAAAGGUAGGGCCCAGGGGCACUCUCAGGUAGGUAAGACUUGCCAGUAAGCGAAACAAAAAAAGAGAUACAUUUUGAACAAAGAAUGUAUUUUUCCCUUUAACGUAACAUUGUAUUUAACCAUAAUAUUUUGUUCAAUUUUAUUAGGUCUGCCCAUUUUAGCACAUUGGCAAUUAAGCAGAACCCACUGCUUGCUGAAGCUUAUUCGAAUUUGGGAAAUGUCUAUAAAGAGCGCGGACAACUACAGGAAGCAAUUGAACAUUAUCGACAUGCUCUACGGCUGAAACCAGACUUUAUUGAUGGGUAUAUCAACCUUGCUGCGGCAUUGGUGGCAGCUGGUGAUAUGGAGGGCGCAGUGCAGGCUUAUGUGUCAGCUCUUCAGUACAAUCCGGUAAGUUAGAAACUGCUGCUACGCAGUUAAUUAAAUUUUGUUGCUCCUGUUCUUGGAACAGUAUGGUAGAGGCAAAUAAUUAAAGGGACACUAUAGGCACCAAGAAACAGUUUUUUUGUAUAGAUUAUUGAAGCAGUUAUGGUAUAUAGAUUGUUCCCCUGUUGUCUCACUGCUCAAUUCUCUGCCAUUUAGGAAUUAAAUCACUUUGCUUUUUUAGCCCAAGUCACACCUCCCAGCAAGUCAAGUGUACAGAAUUCCUAAACACGUCCUGUAAAGUGAGAUAUAAUGAAAACACUUCCAUUAUUGCAAAUAGUGUUUUUUAAUUUAGAAUGUAUUAUCUCUUGCCCUGUUAGUUUACUAGACCCUGCAGGUGCCCCCUUGCAAGUAAUUAAAGAUCAGUUGACAGAGAAGGGGAUAAAACUGUCUAAAAUAAGUUAAGAUCCAAUUGAAAAUGCAUUUUUAAAAUUAAUUUAUUUUCCCAAUUCAAACUGUGAGUCAUAGCCAAGGGACAUGUGGCUAGCGCUUGAUAAACCGAAACCAAAUAUAAUUUAUUUUGGUCUUGCAUUGUCACAACAGCUGAUGCAGAUAGUUCAGUAAACAUAGAGAAACAGUGGUAUGGCAUACAACAUUGUACAUUUUUGUGAAAUCAUACAGAUUACAUAAGAAAAGAAACAAGCUCUCUGCACAGUUUUAAAGUAACAUCAUGCUAGGCUAGCGUGACUAAGAGGUCGUCCACAGGAAAUAUACAUGCUUAAUAUCAGUGUCUAGACAGGCAAGGGCAUAAAAUUAAUGCUCAGCGUUGGGUAUACUCAACUAGACAAAGAGCAGGUAGUUAACUAUGAAACUGUGAAGUCUGCUAGACAUGUAAGAGGUAUAAGAGAGAGUGUGUGUAGGUAAGUGUAUGUUUAAACAUGCUGGCCUAACUAAUAAAAAAAACAGGCUACAGUAAAAUGGCUCUGGCUUGUUAGUAAGAGGAACCAUAUUGGUCAAAACAGAAGCAUGAGUACGCACUUAGAGGGUGGCAGAGGAGAAAAGUUGUAACAGCACUCACCUCCCGCAACAGCUUAUCAUGCUGUCACCCUACAUGAAACCAAAGUUAUCUAGCUCCUAAAUGGCAGAGAAUCGAGCAGUGAGACUGCAGGGGCUGUUCUAUCCACCAAAACUACUUACUUAAAGCUGUUUUAGUGACUAUAAUGUCCCUAUUAGUUUAGUAACUAAAAAAUAUUCAUGUAAUUUGAGAAAAGUGACACAACCUGUGCAUUACUACUACAUGAAGAUGUAAUGAUUAAUGGUGCUUAGUUUUCCAGUUCUCCAUCAGUUACUAAUAUUUUGAUUCUGAAAAGUAAUUGUAGUAUUUGAAUCUUGAAAUAUUUGUGCUUGGUCAAAAGGCGGAGUAUGCGGCUGGCAGCUCAAAAAGAUGGGAACCAGAAAUAUUUAAAAUGCAAACAUUAACCCAGCUGUUCAUAUUUGUAAACAAUUUUGCCAGCUUUAUGAACAGAUCCAGAAUACUGGUCUUCCAGAAUUAUCCAUGACAUAUAUUACAUUUGAGGUAUAGAUUACAUUUUUCCAGAUAUGCUUUCAGUUAGUUUUUAAAUUAUGGAUUUGUAAGAGUCUGAAUGCACUGCUAAUUACCUUUCCAUUCUGGUAUCACUGACUUAUUUUAAGGUAUUGGAAGUGUGGUUUUAUUACAGUUAUCAUGUGAUUGAUGGAGUAUUGCUGAGUAAGUGGAUGGCUUAAUAUCAAUGUUAUUUUCUCCCCCCCCAAUAGGAUUUGUACUGUGUUCGUAGUGACCUGGGUAACCUGCUUAAAGCCCUAGGUCGCUUAGAAGAAGCAAAGGUAGGCAUUCAGUAUCAUGGUGUUUAACUAUUGUUGCCAGUCUCAAAACACUGUCUGCAGCUCUGCUAAAGAUAGUAUUACACAUUGACUUGUUUACAGCAGUGUGUUUAAAGGAAUGAUGCUGUAAAAUGAAAAAGCAUGACCGAGGAGUCUAGUGUUGGAGUGUGCAGCCUCUCCAAACAGUGAGGAGCUGUCCAGCCAGUUAAAAGUUCUAAAGGUGGUACUUAAUUCUGUCCUCUAUCUAAAUAAAACCAUUCUGAUUUGGUCUUAGCCCAACAGAUCAUCUUGGCUGAUGAGCUUAAGGGGCACUGCAAACUCAACCAAAGUGCCUACUUUGGUUUAACUCCUCUGUUACCCCCAGUAAAUGUAUCUUUUCCAUGGAAGAAAGGCUGAUACACAUCACACACCUGAUUUGUAAACCUUGCUUGAUGUCUCAAGUGGACUCCAAAACUUUCCUAGAAAAGGACAGAAGCUGGUUUGUUUUAAGAAAAUGGACUGAUGGAAAGAAAACAAUGAGAUAUAAAGGUGGCUUCUAGCAGUUAGCUCCUGUGAACCCAGAAUUUUAAAAAAACAAAAAAAACAAAAAACUUUUCUUUCUUUUUUCUUUCUUUUUUCUUUCUUUUUUUUUAAUUACAGUACUUACAGCUUUGCACCCGUUUGUAAAGUGUAAUUGUUUAAAAACAUUUGUCUUGUUACAAGCCACCUUAUGCGUCUGCGCUGCUAGGGAUAAGAGUUGGGAGAAAUUAGAGGAUGGCUGUGAAUCCCCUCUGUUUCUCUAUAACUCGCGCGCAUGCACUGCAUGGAGUGUGAAAGCAGACUAGCUGUCCAUUUGUCAUGAGUCCCAACGGGAGUGGUCUGGUUUGAUUGAUAUUGGGUUGGGUUCUAAAAUUCAGAUACUGGUAUCUGAAGGGGACUAUUGAGAAAAGUACAUAGAAUCUAUUUGGGAGAUGUUUUUAUUUUUUUCUGCGACUGGUUCUCGUCAAGUCAUGUGGACAUCUAAUGCCUGUUACACUUCACCGCUGCUUCAGCGUCACUGGCAUAGGAUACAGUCUGCGCCCGCGUAGGAUGCUGAUUUCUUUAUUUCAGAGAUCUGGAGACAACUAGUUUGAGAGUCUUUUCUUUGGCGAGGACUUGCUGAAACAAGACAAGAACAUUAAACAAAACAUGAUAUAUUUCUUUAUAAUCAGUGCAUUUACAAUAUCAAGCCAGCUGUUUCCUUGAAAUUGAAAGCAAAAUUUACACACUAAACUAACCUUAAAGCCUUUCUUCCAGCCAUGCACUGUGCCACCACCACCACCACCCCAAACCUCCUGCAUGACGAACAUAUAAUGACAGCAAGCUUGACAUGUCCUUGUCUAAAUCAUAGAGCAUAUCCAAAAACAUUUCACUUGCUUUGUUGAGAUCUUUUACUAAUGAUCUUGUUUUAUUUUCUCUCUUGUUUUUGGUUUUUUACCACUGAUAUUGUAUUUAGAAGGUUUCAGGUGGGUGAAAACUGCUAUGCCAUACGUAAGGUGCCUCGCUGAAGGGAGCUCGAGGCCUGGAUCUAGGCAGACAUGCACCUCCUCCUCUUCCAGCAAAGAACGCACCGAAAAGUCACAUGAGAAAUAUGGUAACGGGUUUGUAACUGCCACAACAAAACCAUUUGCUCCAUGCCUGAAUCCUUCUGUCUUGUGGCUUCAAAAACCGCUUAAAAUACUUUUAUUUAAGAGCAAAAAUAAAAAGUAUAUUCCAUUAGCCACAAUUCUUUAAAGGAGUAAAUAUAUUGUUAAGAUUUGGAGCUAGAUUAGUUGUAAGCUUCUAACUCUUCAAGAUGUUCAUUAUUUUUUAUUUGAUUUUUUUUUUUUUAUUUGAUUUUUCUUCUUCUUUGUUUGGACUGAAUCGUUCUGCUCCUCAUCACGCGCUGUGAACCUGCAGUAACGCAAAGGCUGCGCUGCGUAUUGCGCUUUGCGUGUGUAAAGCGAAACUUUGUGGACAGCCAACUUGAUUGUUAGCUGUAGCUUUAAGACAUGUGGGGUUUUUAGCUUAUGGUUGGGGAUACUCAUUUAAGAAUCAUGUCUCUAGGUGAAAGUUUAUUUUUUUUUGUGAGUUGGCAAAUCAGGUUGGCUGUUGACUCUAUUGCCAGCGUCAAUGCGUGCGCAGCGAUAGCGUAGUGUUGCUAAAAAGCAUGGCGUUGCUGGCGAUUCUUGCGCCUGCUUUACAGGGACCCUAACCUGUGUGUAGUCAUGCCAUUUUCGGUUUUUAUGCUGGCUCCAGGCUUGUCAUUAGAAGAUCAGUGGAACAAAAUUUAAAUGGUGGGGUGAUAGACUUUUUAUUUAACACUGUCCAGCUGCAAAUUACAUCCAUUGUAAGUAUGUACACUGGAGAAGAUAGCUUAAUUUAUAAUUCAUAAAUCAAAUUAAACAUCUGUCAGCUUAACUUAAAAAUGAUGACUUGCAUAUAGGUUUGGGUUUGCGCUCGCGUAGGAUUCAUCGACUUGCGCAAUAUGUGAAGCGCUUGCGAGCCUAUGCUGCAGGUUCACUUUUUCCUGUUUAGAGACUGGAUUCUGACAUUUAUUCUCCUUGUUUUGUUUUGAAACCCCACCCCUUUCUUCCCUAUUCCCAUUCCUUUACUUGAACCCUUUUAAGGCUUGCUACUUGAAAGCAAUUGAAACACAACCAAAUUUUGCCGUUGCAUGGAGUAAUCUUGGAUGCGUAUUUAAUGCACAAGGAGAGAUCUGGCUAGCAAUUCAUCACUUUGAAAAGGUACAUCCGUUAAUAUAUUGGCACAAAUAAACUUUUGCUUGUAGUCUUUGUCUUAUUCUCGAUUUUACAGAACACCAAGUGCUUAAUUUAAAGAAGUCCACUUACGCCUGAUACUUAUUUAAAACUAGAGAUGUAUUGUUUUAUUACUAUGACAUAAUGUCAUGCACUUUUGCGCUUUGGAAGAUUUUGCUGUUUGGAGUCCCUUUGGACUAGGUGGGUGCUCCAAAUAUGCCAAAAAGUUUCAGCAGUAAAGAUCCACAGAGCAAAUGGUGUCUAAUAUACAGGUUUAUGUUUGCAAAGACACAAAUAUGGGAUUUUUAUAAAUGUGAGAUUUGUCAUUAUUGAUUUUAAUCUUUAUUUGCAUAGACUGCAAAUGGCAAGAAAGCUAACUUAUUUCAUUAAAACACAUUGGAGCAGAUUUCUUGCCCAUUCUUUGUAAUUAGAGACAAGCCAGGGAAUCUGUUUUUGUAUAAUUUUAUUUCAAAUUUCUCCUAUUGGAUUGCAUGUUUUUGGUAAGCCACAUUUGCUACUGCACAAAUUCCCACUAGUUGUGUUUACUAUAUCUCCUUGGUAUAGCAAAGCCACUGGCCAUUACCCAUGUAUACCAUUUGAAAGAGGUUUGUGAAGUUUCCAGGUCUAAAUUAAAAACAUGCCCAUUAGUGAUGUCCCGAACGGUUCGCCGCGGACUCAUCAUUGAGUAAACUUUGACCCUGUACAUCAGUCGUCAGACACAUUCCAGCCAAUCAGCAGCAGACCCUCCCUCCCAGGCCCUCCCAACUCCUGGACAGCAUCCAUUUUGAAGCUGCAUUCUUAGUGAGCUGUCCAGGGGGAGGGAGGGUCUGCUGCUGAUUGGCUGGAAUGUGUCUGCUGACUGUGAGGUACAGGGUCAAAGUUUACUCAAUGAUGAGUCCGCAGCGAACCGUUCGCGACCUCACUAAUGCCCAUUUCACUUUCAAAUCUUGGAAUUUGUAUAAUGCCUAAGUUUGUUUGUUUUUUUUCUAAAUACUUGGCUCUAAUGCUUUCCUUGUGUUAAUUUGUUUUGUAGGCUGUAACACUUGAUCCAAAUUUUCUAGAUGCUUAUAUCAAUUUAGGAAAUGUUCUAAAGGAGGCUCGCAUAUUUGACAGGUAACAUAAAUUGUCAUUUGUCAAAACCUUCGAUAAAUCUCUCUACCUGAAUCUUAUACUGUACAGAGGCAUUUAUUGCAAAGUGUUUGCUAUUCAAGAACUGCAUGUUUUUGGUUUUGUUUUUUUUAAGUUAAUCUAUUAUGUGCAGUUUGCUUUCCAAAUUUGUAUUUAUGUAUAUUAAGUUUGUGGCAAUAGGUUAGACAACUCCUAUAUAUCCCAGUCUAAACAAAUCGCUGCACGAAGGGGUUCAAUGUACAAGCUUUAUGGUCACACUUGUGCUAACAGCUGUUUUUGAGAACAUGGCAAUGCUAAAAAUCCAUCUUCUGCCGGCUACUCCUGUGCAUGCAUUAAAAUUGUAAUUGGGUUUAUUUGACAUUUCAUAUUUUUGUUUAAUCAGAACACCUAUGUGCAAUUUCUAUAACACAUUAGUGGCUAGCCUUCUUUAACCCCUUAAGGACCAAACUUCUGGAAUAAAAGGGAAUCAUGACAUGUCACACAUGUCAUGUGUCCUUAAGGGGUUAAACAGCUAUACCAGUGCAAACUCCUAUGCAAAUACUUUGCAACACUGUUGACAAAGUCUGUUUCUCUCAGCACGUUUAUUACUAUUCCUUAUUAAAUAUUAAAGCAUGACCCUAUCUUUUACCAUGCUUGGUUAAUGUUAACCUGUCUGAUGCUAACAUGCUGUGGUGUUACUCUUUCUUUCAUUGACUUUGCAACUGUUGGAAUGUAAAUACUAUAUAUAAAAAAAAAACCUGUAAUUUCAGAUAAAAUCUUUGAGAAAUUUGUAUGUUUCAUAUUUAUUGAAUUUCCAGUGCAGUUAAAACAUAUUCACAUAAGACAAGGCAUCAAAUGACACGAUGUCUAACAAUGGCUAACAAGUUCAAGCAUUCUGUACAUUCCCACUUCCUGCCUUACAAUGUGUACUAGUUAAAUACGAAUACAUACUCUCACCUGUGCCAGUAAUUAGAGAGGAGGAAGGUUGUGCUCUGGAGAGAUUUAAGUCCCUCCUUCUGUCUUCACAUGCCACCAGACAAGCAGAUAUGUUACCUAGGAGAAAAAUAUACAGACCCCCAAUAUGUUGUCAGCACUUUUAGAAUUAUAAAUAUUUGUUGCAAAUUAUUUUAUUUUGCAGUGUGAGAAAGCAUUAGUUUAGCUAAACAGUGCUGCAUCCUAUGCCUUGAUUUUUAUAGGCGCUUGGCUGUAUGUUUCCAGAUCCUAGCUGGGAAAAUAAAAUGAAAACCAAUCUAAAAGUGGUAGAAGUUCAGAUAAGCGUGCAUUAUAUUUUGCCUCUGUAACACUUGUUCAUCAUACUUUGCUUUCCAGAGCGGUAGCGGCUUAUUUACGCGCUCUUAGUCUGAGUCCAAAUCAUGCUGUGGUGCAUGGAAACUUGGCUUGUGUGUACUAUGAGCAGGGGCUCAUUGAUCUUGCAAUCGACACGUACCGACGGGCUAUUGAACUGCAACCUCACUUCCCUGAUGCUUACUGUAACCUUGCCAACGCACUCAAAGAAAAAGGCAGUGUAAGCAUAAAACCGCAUGCAGAUACAAUUUUAUUUUUUUUCUCCACAAGGAUUCAAAAUGUUAAAUGAAAAUUCUGAAAUAUAUGAUCUAGAAUUCAAUGUAUUUUAUUUUUUUAAACAAACUACAUAUAGACUGCUUGCUGCACAGUCUCUUCCUCAUGACCUUUUUAAAAAAUUUUUUUAGUACUUUGGGACCUUUAACUGUUUUAUUGUGGCAGCAUGGAAUACCAUUUGCAAAAUUAGACAAUCCAGCGUAUUCAAAAUGGGGGUAUUUCCAGUCUUUUUUUUUUUUUUUUUGUAGCUAUUUAGUCACAAACCCUGGGCAAAAUCAUUGUUCAUAUUUGUUUUUGCAUUUUUCACACAAAUACUGCACAUUCACUGAUAUCAUUGUCUUUAUACAUUGUACUGCUCUAAAACACUCAAUUGUUAUGGUGUGCUAUGCCACCCUGUGUUAAUGGGCUCCUUUUAUAUGACUGCGUAGCAUGCUUUAAUGUUGGGAAGGGGUUACGAAAAGUGAACUUCACAGGAUGUGUUCAAGAGUGUGUAUAUUUACACUACAUUUAUGUGGUUGGAUCACUGUGAAGCAUUGAUUAAAGGGAUUCUCAGUGUCCCAUACCGAACUCCAUUCGUUGCUGACCUGCUUUUACUGAUAUAUUCUUCUCUGGGAGUAACCAAAUGAAAUAGAUUUUCGAUAAAAGAGAACUUUUUACUAAUCCUGUGAAAGGUUCAUCUUAUGCUGCUCAGAUAAGUGCCAAGUGAUUGCCAAUGUAUUUUAUUUACUUGCUAUACGGCCCCUUUUAAUAUUUUUUUCUUCUGUUAUGAAGGUGGUUGAUGCAGAGGAAUGUUACAAUACAGCUCUAAGACUCUGCCCUACACAUGCGGAUUCCCUCAAUAAUCUGGCAAACAUCAAGCGGGAACAAGGAAACAUAGAGGAAGCAGUCCGUUUGUAUCGGAAAGCCCUGGAGGUAAUUAUCUUUGUUUUUUGACAUACAUUUUGUUUUUAGUUUGGAUCUGUUUUUAAGAGUUAUCUUCUUCUUAGGUUUUCCCAGAGUUUGCUGCAGCUCAUUCAAACUUGGCCAGUGUUCUGCAACAACAAGGGAAGCUUCAAGAGGCUCUGAUGCACUACAAAGAAGCUAUACGGUAACCCUUCUGCUAUUCACAAAGGUGCUUGCAUGGAUUUUCUUAUUGCGAUGGCUCUUCAUAAUAUACAUUGUUUGUCUUUACAGAAUCAGUCCCACAUUUGCUGAUGCUUAUUCCAACAUGGGCAACACACUGAAGGAGAUGCAAGACGUCCAAGGUGCACUGCAGUGCUACACCAGAGCAAUUCAAAUUAAUCCAGCUUUUGCUGAUGCUCAUAGUAAUCUUGCUUCCAUUCACAAGGUAUUGGCAUUCUUGGUGACUUCACCCGAACAUUUCCCUUUUUUUACCUAGUUAGACUGGUCUUUGUCUGUAGUGGUGGCCAUAUGUACCAUUUCCCAUUUGUGAUUGAGGUUUCUUGACCUUCAUAGACUAUUUAACGGCUCUGGUAUUCCUGUUAUUUUUCCGUUUUUAUGUCCCCUGUAAUUCCAAGAGUAACUGGUAUUUCUAGGGUCAGCAUGUUAUAUGUGCUGACACCAGGUGCACAAAACUGAUAUUUCCAGCUAGUAAUAGACAUUCCAACUGGCUAUUUGUACACAGGUGUGUGUUUAUAAAAUGUGAAAUCUAAACUAAUUAUCAUUUGUCUGUGUACUUCUAAGGACUCAGGAAACAUCCCUGAAGCUAUCGCUUCAUACAGGACAGCUCUGAAACUGAAACCUGAUUUCCCUGAUGCUUAUUGCAACUUGGCUCAUUGCCUCCAGGUAACCUGUUUGUUUUAUUACUUUGAACUCUAGAUUAGAUGUCCUUUGAUAAUUGUAAAGUGUACAUUCAAGCAGUGCAUGUUCCAAUAUGCCCUUUAGAGCCAUUCUCUUCAUCUUUAUAUAAACCAUAUCACUGGAUGGGUAAUUGUAGAUCUGAUUGCAGGGGUACUAUAAGCACCCUACAAGCAGUUUACAGUGAUUAUUGUGCAAGGAGGUGGUUGCUAAAAUCUUAACUUUUAGAAAGUAUUACAUUUUUAUUUAUUGCAACUUUCUAUUACUCUGCUACCUCUCCGGCCUACCCACUAUCAUAUGGAAAGGGCUCCAUGUUUUCAUUAAAGUGUAUUGUGCAGGACUGUGUUGCUACAUAUGCUAGUCUGCUAUUGGCGCUUUGUUGUUUUUGGGAUAUCUCAUCCAGUUUGCAGUUUCAGAAUGUUAACUGGCAUUCCCUUCCUGUGGUUCAUUGAUGACUGGGAACACAACAAAAUGCUUUAAACUGAAACACAUUAGAAAUAAAUAAAAAAUUAGAAAAAAUAUAUAUUUUUAAUAUUGCCAAUAAGAAACCUGCUGUCUAGAGCAAUUUGUAAGUAUUCCAUCAUUUGAAGACUGUAACCAGUAGUCAGGCAAAUAGUGGAAUUUAGGUAAAACCAAAAUGCAUUAUAAAGCUCCAGAAGGAUUAGAUGUGGUAUAUACAGUGCAGAUAGUAAAUUUGACAUCAGUUCGUAAAACAUUUCGCAGUACAAAAAAUAUGUUGAAGUGUUAAUUAGAAUUACUAGUCUGCGACCAGCAAUGCAAAACGAUCUGAAAAACCUUCAGCACUCCAAAAAAAAAAAAAAAAAACUACGAUCAAACCCACUGCAAUGUAGCAGUUAAUAGUAAAAACAAAUGCUUCCAGAAUUGAAUUAAUGGCACGGACUGAUUUUCAGAAGCAUACCAUAUCAAAAUGUUAUUCCUUAUCUUUAUCUGUCCCAAAUAAAAACGAGUAUAUGUUGAAAUGGGAGGAAGAAUUGCAAUUCUCAUUAUAUUUAGCAGAGUGGCACAGAAUUGCAGAUAUAUUACAAGGUAUGACACUGCACAUCACAUAAUGAAAAUCAUUAUGAAAACCAUACAGAUACUGGUACUUGGUCCCAGUUAGAUUAAAAAAAAAUGUUUUCGGAUGCCUCAGAUUUAUGUUGGAGAGAUUGCGGCUAUGUAGGAACUAUCCCAUGGCUGGUGGAACUGUCCUAAAUUAAAGUGGUAUACGAAUGAUGUUUUGUCACCUCAUCAAUAACUACAUUAUCUAGUACAAUAGGUCUUUUCAAACUUCUAACUAAUGGUUUUUCUAAGGGGGAAAAAUUAUAUGUAAACGUACUCAUUGCAGUCAUUUCUGUAUUGCCAUGCUAUUGGAAAUUUUUUAGAAUUUUCCAGAUGAGCGACGAGAGGUCGUUGCCAUGGUAUUGGAGAUUAGAACUUACGAACUAACACUGCGACAAUCACACUUUAUAUUUGCUCAGAUGGGUCAGGUGUGGGAGUUCAAUAAAUAAAGAGUAAUUUAAUAAUUAGUAGACGGCAUAUUAACAACUAUCCAUUUAAGUAUUUAGAUAUGGGUCAAUGAUAUAUAUUCUUUUUAAAUUAUGUUCUGAAUGUAUGUAAGAAUAAUUAGGGUUGUGCACAUUCUGUAUGAUUUUUCCCUUCCCUAUUUUCCUUUAUGUCCUGUUACCUUUUUUUUUGCUUGCCUUUCCUUCGGUUGUGUCCCUUGAUUAUUGUACUGUAUUUUACACAUUUUGUUUCUAUAACUUAUAUGGUAGUGUUAAAAAUUUUAAAUUUUUCAAUUAAGUAUUUGAUAGAAAUGUGUUUUUAAUAAAAAAAAAAAAAAUGGUUCAAAAGUGCAAUGGAUCCAUUUUAAGCAAGACAUUGAUUUUGAUAAGAUAACAUCUGUUCUGUUAAUGACCUAUAUCAUUAACCAUGAAUUGUGGCUGUCUUCUGCCUGUGCAGAUUGUAUGUGAUUGGACGGAUUAUGAUGAACGAAUGAAGAAACUGGUCAGCAUUGUGGCCGACCAAUUAGAUAAGAAUAGGCUGCCCUCAGUGCACCCACACCACAGUAUGCUGUACCCACUGUCUCAUGCUUUCCGGAAAGCAAUUGCUGAAAGACAUGGAAACUUGUGUCUAGACAAGGUGAGUAUUCAAGUAAUAAACCAGGCAAAGCAGUGUAUCUUGGCUUAUGAGCUCAUAUGAAGAAAACUCUUAUCUCCUGUUCUGGUGUAAAUGAGUGUGUCAUGAACUUUAAGAAAAAAAAAAAGUCCUUAUUUAGCACAACUAAACACUAGACUUUAUUUUGAAUCUCUUUAACUUCCAGAUUAACGUUCUUCACAAACCACCAUAUGAACAUCCGAAGGACUUAAAAGUCAGCGACGGCCGACUAAGAGUGGGUUAUGUGAGUUCAGACUUUGGAAAUCAUCCCACGUCACAUCUCAUGCAGUCAAUACCUGGAAUGCACAAUUCAGAUAAAUUUGAGGUAAGUACUAACACCGCUUUCUCUUAUGUGGUUAUGUUUCUUAUGUGCAUGAUUAAAUUACUAAAGAAUAGGUUGCUUUGUUGUCAUUUCCUAUCUGGUUCUGCAGAGAGCAAUUCUGCUACUUAUUUCCCUCUGUGUUUUUGUUACUGAAUCCCUUUCAGUUCUGCAAUUUCUUUUGUAUAGUGAUGUCGUUGCUUUUGCAGGUUUUCUGUUAUGCACUGAGCCCUGACGAUGGAACCAAUUUCCGUGUGAAAGUAAUGGCGGAAGCAAAGCAUUUUGUUGACUUGUCCCAGGUGAGUUAUCCUCAAAAUUAAAUCUUUUAGAAAACCUAUAAUAUUCAAGUAAAGACUUGUUUCUAGUUUGUAGUUUUCCUAACCACAACAAAGUCUGAGAAAACAUCAAAUCUUUAGGAAGUACAACAAUGUGAGCAGCCAAGCACUUUAGAUUACUUUGUCUAUAAGAAACACCCAUGUUUCUUCCCCUUAUUCAGUGUCUCCCAUCUUUCCAAGUUUUUUUUUUUACUGUUCCUCUGACUCCUCAUACCUCCCCAGUAGGUUUCCUCUCUCAUGUGCAGCUUAUUCUAAGCUCAUUUCCCAUUAUGUCACACUUGUGGAAUGUAUUGGACAAAGCUUUUGCUUUUAUAUGGUCUUUCACUUGUACAGAUCCCUGCGUACAAAUAUGCCAAUAAUUGCUAAAAAAUUUAAUGUUCUGUAUUGCAGAACUUCACACCCCUCCACCUCUCCCUCUCCUCCCCCCCAACAUUUUCUUCUAAUUAGUGUGCAUUUCCUGUUCUAGAUUCCUUGUAAUGGAAAAGCAGCAGAUCGUAUCCACCAAGAUGGAAUCCACAUCCUAGUUAACAUGAAUGGCUACACCAAAGGGGCCAGGAAUGAAUUAUUUGCUCUCCGAGCAGCACCUAUUCAGGUAAAGGGGUUAGAUGGGAAUAUCUUCCAAGAGGAAGGAAAGAAUAAUUGAGGACGUUUAAUUCCACAUUAGUUUGUGGUGUGGUUGUUUACAGUUUUGAUCUGUUUAUAGAUUGAGCUGUAUUUAGUCCCUUAUGGUUUAUGUGCAUCCUGUCUUAGAGAACUAUGGGUUUCUCUUGUAUGUAGAUCAGUAACCCUGAGACCUUACCAUGCUCUAACUGUAUUUGUGUAAUGCCUUGUAAAUGACUGGUUCAUUAAAUCAUGACCCCCCUCCACUUUAAAAGGCUGUACAACGCUAGCGUUGUGGACUUAAGUUUGGACAUGGAGUCUGGUUGCAUUUGCGUCAGUACAAAUUCCUUAUGUAACAAUUGUAAAGUUCUUGCUGGCUACAAAGUUUUCUCGAUAACUUUUGCUUGACUGCAGGUGAGACAGUCAUAACAAAAGAACUACGAACUGAUCCCAUCUGUGACUAAGCUGGGUUUUUCUUAAAAUGAACAUAAUAAAUUAACUGGCCUAGGGAAACCUGUCUCUGAUCAAAGGACAGUGGCCAUAAGAAAACAAAAAUGUACAGAUGGUAAUUUUCUGUAUGCUGGUUCUUUACAACCAACUAAAAUGUUUAUCCGCUGUUGGUCUUAGCAUAAAUUCCUCUAUUUGUUUUACAGGCUAUGUGGCUGGGAUAUCCUGGAACAAGUGGUGCGCCAUUUAUGGACUACAUUAUAACUGACAAAGAGACUUCACCCAUUGAGGUUGCUGAACAAUAUUCUGAGAAAAUGGCUUACAUGCCCAAUACGUUUUUUAUUGGGGACCACGCGAACAUGUUCCCUCAUUUAAAGGUUUGUGUAAUAAAUAGGAAAUGUAUAAGUGGUUAGAAAUCUCACAAAGCUACAUAGACGCAUUUGUAAACUGAAUUUCUUCUUCCACAGAAAAAAGCGGUGAUAGAUUUCAAGUCCAAUGGUCAUAUUUACGACAAUAGAAUAGUACUCAAUGGAAUUGACUUGAAAGCUUUUCUAGAAACCUUGCCUGAUGUAAAAAUCGUUAAGGUAAGAAUGUAUUACGUGUUUGUUUUUUAAGGAAUUCCUGUGGAUGAACGGUGUGAAUGGUUGGCAGCUGGUGUACAGCAGAACGGCAAUUGCAGAGUAUGUAUCCUGCCGUCCAAUGCUUCUGUAAGAAGCAUUUUGGUGGCCAAGAGAUUAUCAAUAAUCUAAAAUGGCAGAACAAAAAUCUAGCCUUAUCAAUGCAUUUAUGUGUAGUGCUGCAUUGUUCCUGUAACCAAAACCGGCUACAGUGACAUUAUAUACAAAACAAAUUGAGAUACAGCCAACCUAUAAAGGAACAAAAAUAAAAUUAUAAAGUACAGCACUGCUUAGGUGAUAAAGUCCACUCACAAACAACUUCGUAGACAGGCAUAUAGGUAAAUCUCAAAUCCUCUUUUGAUUUCAACAGUAUGGAUCCUGAUGUCACACUAAAAAUAAAGUAUACAUAGGACUGAACUUCUCUAUUCCAUUAAAAAGUAUCUUAUUGCACUUGUAUUUAAAAAAAAAAAAAAACCACAGCAUAUCUUAAAUAACACCACGCAAUAUUCUGGACAACCGAUAUGUCCAUGCCCUACACGUUUCGUCACUGACUACAGAGGCUUCCAAUAAAUCUCUGCUCAGAUUGAAUACAACAAAAUGGAAUAGGGAAGUUCUACUUGCUUGAACCCGUCCCUUGUUGGCGCGUUCAUCUUCUAUCGGGUUCACUUCUGUGCAGAGGUACAGCAUUGAGGUCUAUGGAGGCUCCUGCCACAACGUUGUAAAGAAGAGUGAGACAUAAUUUCUACACACUGAUGUGAGAGAUGGAUAGUGUCAUACAGAAAAUUAUUACUUCAUGUUAUUGCUGCUAAAAAUGGUUCUACCAGCUAUUGAAUCAUAAGGUGUACUUGGUUUUUCACACAUGGCUCCUUUAUUUUAGCUUCAUUUUGUUAAAUCAUGACACUGUGCUAUAGGUCAUGUGUUGUUGUUGUUCAUCUGAAGCUGUAUUUAUCUAAUUUUAAGACCUGCUAAGGAACUGAUGAUUAUGUCCUGAUAUGUAAAACCAUAGAAUUCAAAGAGAAUGACUAUAGGUUGGCAUUAUCUGUUUUGUAUAUAAUAUUUGCUGUAUCAGAAGUGGAGAAUCUUGUGAGAAGUCAUUCUUUAUUUGUGCUACGUAUCCAGACUCCUAUGUCUAUUUGAUGUCAAGGGUUGUGCUGUAUAUGUAAAAUGUUAAGUCACAUUAUGCAAGAAAUGUAAGUUGUUAUUUCUAGCUGGGAACAUCCACACAUUCACUGCCUUUCUCUUUUUUUUGUUUAGCGAUUUUUGUAGUCGGAUAACCAGUACAAAAGAGUAAAGUACAUUAGGACACACCAUAAAACAGCUGUAGUUGACAAUGUUUUCCAAUCGUGAGGAUGUAAUCAUAUUAGGGAUUAUACAUGUCAUAUUUUGCAAUACAGUAUUAUGACAUUACAUUCAAAGCAUCCGUUAUUGUCUGAAUUGGACAGUAGGUCAAUAUUGAUCGUGUCUCAUUAAUACGGAAUGUUAGACUGCACAGUUCAUGGCCUUUCUUUUCUUCCCAUAGAUGAAGGGGCAAGAUAAUACAGAUGACAGCAACUCUGCACUUAACAUGCCUGUCAUUCCCAUGAAUACCAUAGCAGAGGCAGUCAUUGAAAUGAUAAACAGAGGACAAAUUCAGAUUACGAUCAAUGGAUUCAACAUAAGCAAUGGAUUGGCUACGACACAGGUAACCAUGUUUGCAGUCAUUGUAUCAUUCAUCCUUACUGAAUAUGUAUGAAUUUUCAGCUAUGUUUUAGAGAUACCUAAACUGGUUACUAAAUGAAAUCUCACCCCUCCCCAUGUUUUCCUGUCUACUUAUGCAACCUUGUGUGGUUCUGAUGUGUGUAAGGACGUAUACAAAUUAUACCAAGCAAACGACUCUAGUGACAUAUAUCAGGUCAAUAAAACGGUCAACAUGCUCUAUAUGUGCUGUUAUAUUGUAUGUAACCAUUGUCUCCUUUUUACAGAUAAACAACAAAGCAGCGACAGGAGAAGAAGUUCCUCGUACUAUAAUAGUUACAACACGCUCACAGUAUGGGCUUCCGGAGGAUGCUGUUGUAUAUUGCAACUUCAAUCAGCUUUACAAGAUUGACCCUCCCACGUUACAAAUGUGGGCAAAUGUAAGGGGGAAAAACAUUAUUUUAUUUGUGUAGAUGAAAGUGAUCCUCCAGCGCCUUGCUUAGUGGCCAUUGGUCGGUUCAUUUGCUUUGUCAAUGUGUAUUGCUAAGUUGAACAUGAAACAUUCCGGAUGAACGGUUUGUUUUCAUCUGCCUGUUUCUGGACUAGUAAAAUGGUAUUAAAGGGAUUCUAUAGUGUUGGGUAUACAAAGUUGUAUUCCACUCUAGUCUUCUUUCAGGUCCUUCUGUCCUUGAACCUUGUAUUUUACCAAAUCCCUUUUUUACACCUUUGCUUUGUCAUUUUAACACACCUGUUACCCAUGCCCACUGGUUUAAUAUACUCUGCGCUUGGAUCAGCCUCAUCACUGAAAAUUAGUUUAAGGGACUUCAGAAUGUUUAAACUUUCCUUAUGGUGAGGCUGUCCAGUGCACACUGUGCAAGGAGACUCUGCUUCCUAGUCAGUCAGCUCCACCAGAUCAAUUCAAGUUAGUGUUUUUUUGUUUUGUUUUUUUUUAAUCUUUCCUGCAUAAGUAACAAUACUGAUGUGGCUAAUACUUGUUCUCACUCAAGUUCUGGCAUGCAAGUGCUGAGAGCUGGAUCUUGUGUGGUGGACAUUGUUCCCUCCCUGGGCAGCAGAACAUGAAAUUCAGGGCUGUCAACGAUGGCGUGUGAAAAUCACACCUAGAUAUUUUCAGGAGCCCGAUUGGGACCCCAUUCUAGUGUCAUCUGUGGUCAAUUAUAGUAAAACUUUUUUUUUUAAACAAGAACCAUAAUGUUUACAUUUGUUGGUCUUUAAAAUUGUGUACUUGCCAAUAGGCUAAAUUAGGACAAUUUGGAGUCAUGUAGCAUUUCCUGUAUUUAUUUUGUUGUGUGCAGUUGCAGAUUGUGUAUGGUAUAUGUUCUAAUUAUUUUUAUUUAUUUUGAACAGAUUCUGAAGCGUGUUCCCAAUAGCGUCUUGUGGCUUCUCCGAUUCCCUGCGGUAGGAGAGCCAAAUAUUCAGCAGUAUGCCCAGAAUAUGGGACUUCCACAGUCCAGGAUCAUUUUCUCUCCUGUUGCUCCUAAAGAGGAGCAUGUCCGUAGAGGACAGUUAGCUGAUGUUUGUUUAGAUACGCCUCUAUGUAAUGGGCACACCACUGGCAUGGAUGUGCUCUGGGCAGGAACGCCCAUGGUCACUAUGCCAGGUAAGGAACCACCGGAAAGCUUAGUUGUGCUCAACAAAGGUUGUUCUUCAGGUAAAUUCACAGAUUUUUAUUUUUCAUAAAGUAUUUGUAUAAUAAACCACUUUAAAUUGUAAAAUCAUAUCACCUUGCUUGGGGCAGUGUAUAGAACAUGAAACAUGUAAUCUUUAUACUGUUCCAGCGGAAUUACUAGCAAAUGUAUAGAAAUGAACAAAUGUUACGUAUGUGUUUAGGGGCCACAAAGGCAUUUUCUCCUGCAAUGUUUAUAUUUUGUAGGAAACAAAUUAUUUGUAAAGCGCCAACAAAUUUCCCAGCACUGUACAGUAGGUGGACUAACAAACGUGUAGUUGCACCAAAACAAGUUGAACAUACAGGGACAGAAGGUUUUGUAGGAGCUCUGUUUCCUGGGAUUUUUAUUUUUUUUCCCCAAGCCCUUUUAAAGAGAGAACAUAUAGAAUUUCCACUCAUUUCACUGUGCUAUACAUUUGCUAGUUAAAUGUUCUUUUUGCUUUAGAUGUCUUGGUAGUGGAUCCUUAUAGUUAAACUAUAGGCAUUAAAUCAACUUUAGGUUAAUAAAGCAGUGUUGGUGUAUGGAUUAUGCUCCUGCACUCUGCGUAAUACACUGCUGUUUAGGAGUUAAAUCGCUAUUGUUUCUGGUUAUGCAGGCCUAGUCACACCUCCCCUGGCUGUGACUGACUUAGCAUGAUUGAACAAAUGGCUUAAUUUUCAAUCACAUGAUAACUUUGAACUUUACUCACACACAUAGAGCUCCUGCAUGACCUAGAAGGCUAUUAACAGUGCAGACGAUAAGAUUGGUGCCUAUAGUGUCCCUUUAAGGGACACUCAAAACACCAUAAUGCAGUUAAUUGAAGUGGUCAUGGUGACUGGAGCGUAUAAAUGCAAACCCCAAGGUGUGUGGGUUUUUUUUUUAAACAUAAAAUGAGUGGUGGGUUCAUAUGCCUUCAGGGUAACAAUCGGUGUUUGUUUGUGAGUACUAUACCAAGCUGUUCUCCAAUAUUCUAAUUACAAUUUAUCGUUGCUGCAGAAUACAGACAAAUUUGUUUGUAUUAGCUUGGUGUGACUAGAGCCCUAGUUUUUAUCUGACUGCUUAAAUGGUUUGUCCCGAUUCAGAGGGACAGCACACAAAAAAUCCUUCUUGCACCACAACCACUUCUAUAAACUGUUUAAUAUAUAAAUGUUUUAUGUAAAAAUGCACAAGAUAAGUUAAAUGUUUGUAAAAGUUCUUUUAAUUUUCUAGUAGGCUGUAAGAAAAUCAAUAGAAGCACCUUAUCAUCUAGUUAUUCAUAAUAGUCUCACUUACGUACUCAAUAAUAAUUGUAAAACACAAUUUAUUAAUAUACAAAUAAAAAUACCAUCUAUUAAAAAUAGUUAUUUAAGAAAAAAAAAACAUGCACAAAAGGAAAGAAAGUCCAGACCUUAUUUGAUAAUCUCGGCGUCCCGAGUCAACCAAAAAGCAUGCUGAAAAAUAUCAUUUUAAAAGUCCUCUUUGAUGUAUGAGUGCUGGCUUGUAUCGAUGGGAGUCAGACCCCUCCAAACGCAUUUCUCCGCUUCGGCGGCUUUCUCAAUGGAUGCGGUCUGCUUCGUUGUAUCCGUUUAUAUAGCAGUAGCCGGCUUGCUGUUUCCCGGCAAAAAAAAUAGAUGCUUACAGAAAUGUGCUAACAAUGUAAGCCUAAUUAGCUACAUAAGAGCACAAAUGAAAAACAUUACUCUGUUAUAUUUUACAACAUAGUAUAUUGUAAUUCUUUUUAUUGUUACUAUAGUAACACCCGCCUAAGCAGGUUCAAAUAUAACUGCCGUUUUCAUUUGGCACGACUAAGCACAAGAGGAUAGUAUAUUGUAAUUCUUUUAGCAACACCCGCCUAAGCAGGUUCAAAUAUAACUGCCGUUUUCAUUUAGCACGACUAAGCACAAGAGGAUAGUAAAAUUAAUUUAAAAAUUACUUUAGCAAAAUUUAUUAUAUAAAAUAAGAUAAAUUGUAUCUUUUAAUUCUCAUAUAGGUAAUUACUAUAUUAUAACUAGUAUCAAUAGGCUGUAAGAAAAGCCUGGAAAAGGAAUAAAAACAGACUGACCCAAUAAAUACCAAAGCUGUGUACUGUCUGGCUGCUUUGCAUUUUCACGCCAUCAGCAUACUGGAGAUAUUCAGAUAAGGGACAAUCACUAAAUUCCUGGCCAAUGUUGAUAAAAUAUUGGAAAACCCUAGCACACUGACAAUAAAUUGUGAAACAUUAAAAGUGUAAAUAGACAUUUAACAUUUCGCAUUACUUAAGGCAUUACUGAUUCUUUAAAUUGUAUUAAUCUUAAACUGUUGUAGGGACAAAGUAAUUCUUAAUUAUGUAUCUAUGUGAGCAAGUCUUUUUCAUCGAAGAGAGAUUAUUGGCAUUUCUUAUUGCCAAAUUUGUGACUUGACAUGGGUUAAGCUAAUUGACAGGCUUGCUUUGUGGAGGCCAAAGUGUUAGUGCUAUAAUUUACUGCUAAUAUAUCGCUUCUACAAUCAUUUGAUUUAUAUGUGCUCUCCUGCUCACUAAAAAAAUAAAAAAUAAAAGUGAUGUAAAGGAGAGGUCAGACCACUGAUACUUAAUACUUUUGAUUUUGCUUAAUUACUCCCAUAAUUACGCCGAGUAGAAAGGGAUCCCUCAGCUUCUCUCUAUAGUAGUGCACAUAAACAGAUUUCCACAUGGUCCUAGAAAUGAUCUGGACAAACAAAUGUUAUAAUCUCCAGUCCACGGGCGCCCAAACUUUUCCAAUGAAAAAUAAGGACUGGGCAUAGGGUCUAGGGCAGGUAUUGGAUUAAAACACAAUGGUUCAGCUCUAUGUGAGCCUUUAUCAAAAUCUUGAUAAAGGCUCACACUAAGCCAAGAUAUGUGCUUUGAUCCAAUAGACCUGCAUUGGACCUUAUACCAAUGCCCAGUCCUUGCUUUUUGGUCUUCCACUAGAAACGAUCAGGACAUCAUCAUUAAUUAAGAGUAUCUUAAUUGCUGACUGCUGAAUAAUCCGUUCCAAAAAUCCAAACUCUCUAAAUCUUGGCAUUUAACAACCCGCUGAUGCAAAAGUUUCGUCUUUUUGGGACUGACCUUUCAGUUUAUUAAUAUAAAUUAUUAUUUUUUUUUUAAUCCACUUCAAUUCACAUUUGAGUGUUCUGUCCAGGUUUUUGCCUCUGUGUGUAGCUUUUUAAGGGGAACUUUUAAAACUUUUCUAUUUCACUGUCUGCUUUAGUGGUACUUGUAUAAUAUAUUAAUAUUGGAGGUAUUUGGCUACUUUUAUUAGAGGUCCCUGGUUGGAAAGUCAGAAGUAUGAUAAGGUACCCUUAACGUGUGUGAUGUUGUACAUAUCCUGAUUUAAUUUCAUCUCACAGCUGAUUACAUCAGAACUGCAUUAUUUUAAUACAAAAAGAUCAAAACUAAUUGAGAUGUUUGAAUCUGUGUUGCAGGCGUGCUGAUUUUUCGAAGGAUCAAUAUUGAAUUAUGGCAUGUGUAACAGUAAUGGAAAAAAAACUUUUUUGUUUUUUCCGCAGGAGAUACACUUGCAUCUCGAGUUGCUGCUUCACAGCUCACUUGCCUUGGUUGUCCAGAGUUAAUUGCUAAAAGCAGACAAGACUACGAGGAUAUAGCUGUGAAAUUGGGCACAGACUUGGAAUAGUAAGUAUUUUUAAUGUCAGACAAAUAUUUUGUAUGUUUUGUGGAAAACUGUCAAGCUCUGCUUUCCUGCUUCAUAUGUCGUCUUAUGGGAGCUUAUGUUGCUUGUUUAAGAGUUUAGCACAGCGCUUCAACAAUGUGUUUAUGCACAAAUGUAUAUUUAGAAUAGUCUAGUCUUAUUGUAAGGAAAGGAAACUUGUGUAGUUGUGCUACAUCAAGCAUCUCAUGAUCGUGUCGGCUAAAGAAUUCUGGGCAAUGAACUUUGUAUUUCGGCAGCAGCAAGGGGUGUCUUUUUAGCCACCUGUAGAUCAAAGCAGUGUGUUCACAACCUACAGAUCGGUUUUAUUAAUACUUGUAAUUUAUUUUAUAGCCUAAAAAAGAUCCGUGCUAAAGUGUGGAAGCAAAGAAUAUCCAGUCCUCUCUUCAAUACUAAGCAGUACACAAUGGAUUUGGAGCGAUUAUAUCUGCAAAUGUGGGAGCAUUAUGCUGCUGGAAAUAAACUGGACCAUCUCCUCAAGCCGAUUGAAAAUACAGAGUCUGCUUAACUUUGUUUUAUGAUGUAACCUUGGAGAUUGUUUGAAACACAAUACCAGAGGACUGGAAUGCACAGUCGAGCCUGCCAAUCUGUGCCACAGAAGGAAAAGAUUUGAAUAUCUGUUGAUAUUUAGACAUUUUAGUUGCUCUCUCUAAAUUUGUGUUCCUCUUGGUAAACCUACAGGGAAUCUUUCAAAUUGCCAUCCAGUUUAGACAUCAUGGGCAGACAUUUAUUUUUUAUUUUUUUUCAUGUCAAUUUUAGUCUUGUCUUGCAGUAUACAUAUUUGAAAUUUCAGGCUUUUAAACAUACACAUUCAUGUUUGUGUCUGCUAGCUGAUACCUUUAUUCACAGCUUGAAUCUUAGCUAACCGUGCUUAUUUGAAAGAUUAAAAAGAAAAAAUAAUCACACGGCAUCAUUAAUGGUGUUCUAGUCCUUUUAUAGGUUUUAUAAACCACUUGUAGCCUUUUUAUGUCUGGCGUCUGUUUACAAGCAGCUCUGUAUGUAUGCUUUUGGUAUAGAUGAUGAAAAGUCUUUGAGGGAAAAAUGUUUUUGGUUUUUUUGCAAAUAUUUUAUUUAAAUUUUCUAAGUCAACCCAUCUUCAAACAAAUAUCCUGUUUCCAAAAAACAAACUCAAAUAAACAUGCUACAAAUAUACGUUUAGCAACAGUCAGACCUGUGCAAACAGCAAAGUGUUUAGUGGUUCAUGUGUUUGAGGAGCUAAGGCAGGCUUGUGUGUGUGUAGUAGAUUCAAGUGUUUCAUUUAUAAAUUGUCAUAAAAAAAAAAAAUGUUCAGAGGAAGCAUAUACUUUUGUGUGUGUGGUUUGUUUUUGUAUUGUUUUUUCCCUCCUGUGGAUGCUUCAUGCAUUUGAGUGAAAAAUGAGCAUGUGCUUGAACAGGUUAGUUAUAAUUAAAUAAUGCACCUGCACAUUGCAUUGCCUGUUGAUUUAAUAAACCUUAUGUUGACUUUGUAGGGUUUUUUUUUUCCUGUUCAUAAUUGUUUUCUUUCAAAUGUAUGAAUUUUAUUUUUUUUGUUCAGUAAAAUUUUCAGGUGGAAUAUAUAAUUGUUUCAGUUUAUUUUUUGUCGUCGUUUUUGUGUUCCCUGCUUUGGUGUUUUAGGAAUUAGAAUAAAUGUUUUUUUUUUUUUUUUUUACCUUUUUGUGUGCACAUGAAGGCUAGUCCUAAAAAGGUUGAUUUGAAAUUAUCCAGAACAAUUGAGGCAGUGCUACAGGGGUAGCAAUUUGAAGAAUUAUCACUUCUACCAGUUAGGGCAAGACUUGUUGGUGU